AUGCGGUGCGGGAAGAUGGCGGCCCCGCCGCCGCCGCCGGCAGCUGGGGCGCCGGGCGCUUGGGGCGGCGUGCGGCGGCGCUGCCAGCGGCUGCUCUACUGGGUGCCGGUGCUCUUCAUCUCCAGCAUCCUCUGCUGGUCCUACUACGCCUAUGUCACCCAGCUCUGCCUGCUGACAAUGACAAAUAUUGGAGAAAAAGUUGUGUGCCUGGUUGCUUACCACGUAUUUUUCAUGCUGUUCGUCUGGUCAUAUUGGAAAACAAUCUUUACGCUACCAAUGAAUCCUUCAAAAGAAUUUCAUCUAUCAUAUUCAGACAAGGAAUCCCUAGAGAGAGAGCCUAGAGGUGAAUCCCAGCAAGAAGUCUUAAGACGGGCAGCCAAGGAUCUUCCUAUCUAUACACGGACAAUGUCUGGAGCAAUCAGAUACUGUGACAGAUGCCAUCUUGUAAAACCAGAUCGUUGUCAUCACUGUUCUGUGUGCGACAAAUGCAUUUUGAAAAUGGAUCAUCACUGCCCUUGGGUGAACAACUGUGUAGGAUUCUCCAAUUACAAAUUUUUCCUUCUCUUCUUGGCUUACUCGCUAGUGUAUUGCCUUUUCAUUGCUGCAACAGAUUUACAGUACUUUAUCAAGUUUUGGACAAAUGGCCUUCCUGAUACUCAAGCCAAGUUCCACAUCAUGUUUUUAUUCUUUGCUGCAGCUAUGUUUUCUGUCAGUUUGUCUUCUCUCUUUGGGUAUCACUGUUGGCUUGUCAGCAAGAAUAAAUCCACAUUAGAGGUAUUCAGAGCUCCCAUAUUUCGUCAUAGAACAGACAAGAAUGGCUUUAGCUUGGGCUUCAGCAAAAACCUAAGGCAGGUGUUUGGUGAUGAGAAGAAAUACUGGUUGCUGCCUGUGUUUUCAAGUUUAGGGGAUGGUUGCUCCUUCCCAACUUGCCUUGUUAAUCAGGAUCCUGAGCAAGCUUCCACACCUGGUGGUCUUAAUUCAACAUCCAAAAAUGAGAACCAUCUGUUUCCUGCAAAGCCACUGCGUGAUUCCCAGAGCCACCUACUUACGGAUACACCUUCUUGGUCAGAAACUAGUGUAAAGGCUGAAAAGGGCAAAGUUGGUAUGAACAAUCCUGCAUUAACCAUGGAAAAUGAAACCUAAUUUCUCUUAAAAGAAGCGUCUGAAUAUAUAAGGAAAAGUGAUGAAGACCCAGUUCCAGAUAUAGGUACAUCUGCAAACUUGAUGAUGAUGUGAAGUGUUAGAAGUGUUGAAAAUGUGGGUGUCAGAUGAGCAAAGUUAAAGAGAUGAGCGAAGGAAAUUUAAGACGGUGUCUGCAAUUUUGACUGCUUUGUUUAUGUUAUUUGAAUAGAAUAUAAAAACCUAAUUUCUAAACCUUUGUUCAAAAUGGAAAAUGCUGUAUUUCUGCCUUGUUUAAUCCAUCUUUUUUUUUAACAAAAGAGCAGCUACUCGGAAAGAAUAAAUUACUCAACUUAAUCAUCAACCAGUUAGUUUGAUGUCUUACGUGUCAUCACUGAUCAAGAGUAAAACAUUGGAGACAGACUUUAAAGAAACAGAUUUUUGGAUUAUGUUACAGAAAUACCAUUAAUUGCAACUAGUUUUAUUGGGUACUACUUUAUUGGGUACUACUUUAGAACUACUUUCUAAAGUCCUAACACUUUAUUUACUUAAGUUACAGCUUUUAAACUUUAAUCUUUCUUUGAAGAGUUGUACAUUUUAUUGGAACUUAGUAAUUCAGAUUAUUCUGAACAUCAGACAUGGUCUGUGACUGUUCUAGAGAUGUUAAUAGUGGGGUUUUUUUCCCUGCUGUUCAGCUUGAUAAACAACUCAUCUCUUUUUUAAUUGUUUUUUUUCUUUUAGUCCAGUCUGAGAAAGUAACCAUUAGAUAUAUGUUUGCAGUCUGAUUAACUCACUCCUGGGGUUUGUGGGCUUUGUUUGUUUGUUUGGAGCUUUUUUGUUUUUUCUUUUUGUGAGCAUCCAUUAUGAAAUGAGGCUUUUAAAAGAGGUACCACUUUUGGAGGAGGUUAUGUUCCAAAGAGUAAGUGUAAAACCACAUAAAGGGGCUCCUGCACAUUUCAGAAGGGUAAUAUCUUAAGGACUGCUAAUUCUUUGGCAUGGUUUGGUUCUAUUUGGCACUUAAAAGACUUUAAUGGAAAAGUAAUAAAAAAGCCAAUUUGUAUAUAUAUAUAUAUAUAUGAAAUACAGUUGCUGGAAUAAGAGCCCUUAUAUAACAAUUUUUUUUAACUACUUUGCAUUUAACUUCAUUGCUUUAUUGUCAGUAUUUGAGUUAUAUUUGUUCCUAGGGAGUGAAUAGAAUAGAGCUGCUGAAGUCACCACAACAAAACCAAGUAAUUUCAUCUUUAACAUGAAAAAUACAGCCCACAGCCCCUGCCAGUGUGUUAGAGUUAGAAUUUCUGUCCCAACUAAGGAUACGUUCAAUAACCUGUAUCCUGUAAUCCUUCAUAAUUCGUUAGAGGACUAAUUACUGAGAAUGCCAGAUAUGGUUUACAGUAAUGUAAUAGAGAGUUGUUCUUUAAUGAUGCUGUUACCUGGAAAUACUGUAAAAAUAGCUCACUUCAUUUUAUAAACUGGUGGCCUGCUUGCUGUGUAGUCAGUACUUAAUCACUGUCAUCCUGAAGUAGAUUAAUAACAUGAGUAACACAACUGUGAACAGUCUUACAGUGUUCCUCUUCAUAAUUUUCAUGCUUCUGUUGGUCACUUCCCCUUCAAGUUGAUGAUACCUGUAGCAAUAACUUAAUUUUUAAGUGUUCUUUGAUUGU